GGGCUGCAGCAGCAUGGCCAAGCUGGGGGUGGACAGAGACCUGCGGCACCUGCUGAAACUGCACCGCACGGAGAUCGCCAUGGCGGUGGAUGAUGUCUUCCCGCUGCUGCACGGCCUUGCUGACCAUGACAUCGUCCCUGAGCACAUCUUCAAGGAGACACUGAGCCAGACGGAGCGGGAGGGCUCCCACCGUGCGUUCCACGCGCUGCUCACCUGGCUCCUGGGCCGCGACGCCGCCGCCGUCCGUGACUUCUGGGCUGUCCUCUUCAAGGACUACAACCUGGAGCGCUACACCCGGCUCCGGCCCCUCCAUAGCGCCUUCCCCGCAGAGGUGGACCUUGGGCAACAGUGCAGCAGCAGACGCCCAUCCCCCGGCCCCACAGCACCGACCCCACAGAGAACCCAAGGCAAGAGAAAAGCCCCUGAGGAGCGGGACGGGGCCCACAUGGCACAACCCUCACCACAGCACACCACCAGCCCUGGGCUCCUGGCAAAGGCAAGGACUGUGAAGAAGCCAGAGAGUGCGGACACUCCACGCACACCCCGUACCAGCGGCAGCACCAAGGCAGGCAGCAGAGCCAGGGACGAGUUCUGUGUCCCAGCUGCUGCUGAAGGGUCGCCAAAGCACCUUGUUUCACACAGUGGGGAGAUGUGUGUGACCACCCACGGCCACCUGCCAGCACCCCCUGUGCACAGCCAGGAACCUGCACUCUACCAGGACAACGAGGAUGAGUGUGCAGUGUGCGGUGACGGCGGCGAGCUCAUCUGCUGCGAUGGCUGCCCCAGGGCCUUCCACCUCCCCUGCCUGGUGCCCCCGCUGCCCCGUGUCCCGAGCGGGACGUGGCAAUGCAGCUCAUGCGUGGCCAAGCUGGGCCGGCUGCGGGAGGCAGACACGGCUGCAGAGCAGCUCCCUGCAGUCCCAGACAAGGAGGAGCACGGUGCCCAGCCAGGAGGAGGCCACGGCAGCACCUGUGGCCGCUGCUUCUCCAGCAUCUCUGCACCCCAACGCUGCCCUACUCGUGAUGGGGACCCUGGAGGGCUGUGGCUUUGCAGCUCCUGCACGGGCAUCCCAGAAACAGGCAGCCACGAGAGCAGUGCAGCUGCUGGAGAACGCGUGCUUCUCGCAGCAAAGGAGGAAGAGCACAGCCCAGGGGCUGCGACCCCGGCCUCCGGUCCGUGCAGGACCGAAAGGAGCCCACGGCCAGAGGUAGGGGUGACGCAUCUCCUCCCACAGCUAGAGAAUGGCUCAGCCAGCAGCGACCCCAUGUCCAGCAGGGAAGAGCUCGACGCCCUCCUGAGUGAGGGAACGUGGGAUGGGAUCCUGCAGUGGGCAUUCCAGAGCAUGGCACGGCCCCUUGCAGACCCACACGGGCCGUUUGACUAG